UUAUUGGCGGCUCCACACACUGGCUAGUGUCUGUCGGUUUCUCUCGUCGUCGGUCCCGGUGGAUGCUGUUAAUAUUACACAGCGAACAGCAUUUUGACACAUGACAUUUUAACUCUGGUGCUAAAACCAUAACGGCUGGAUGAGUGGGCCAACUUUCACCUCCCCCUCUGCAGAGGUGGCUGAGAUGAACCGCAUCCAUUAUGACUUGGAGUACACAGAGGGCAUCAGCCAGCGCAUGCGGAUCCCAGAGACCCUUAAGGUGGCUUCAGGAAACCAAAUGGGAUCUCUGCCACUUCAGCAACCCCUGCCCAUUCAUGCAACUCUGAUGCAUGUGCCGGAGAGGAUUAUUGUAGCAGGUGAUGAUGGAGACGCUCAAUUUUCUCGUCCCCGAGACUUGGACCUGAUUCAGUCUGUCCCUCCCAUGGAUCUCCUGAACAUGAAGGCCCCACCGCGGGUCCUCACACUCUCAGAACAGCCACUGGAUUCCCUUGAAACUGAACAGACUACCACAUCACAGAGCAAUCUCAGCCAGGUGGGCCACUUUCACGGUCGGUCUCGAAGAGAACGCAGUGCGAGUGAGAACAUAUCUGGCCGCCACAGCAGUCAGAUUGUCAGAGGUGAUGUAAGUGUAACCCCUUCCCCUUCUGCCCCCCCAGUCCGGUUGUGCCCACCCCUCUGUUCCCCUGAGGAUGCGAACAUCAACCUGUUUACAGCUGCGGGGUUCCUCUCUUAUAUUCAGUCGACAACACGGCGGGCAUACCAGCAGGUCCUCGAUGUGCUGGACGAAAGCCACCGCAGGACACACCUGGACCUGGCCCUGGAAAUAAACCCUGAUGAGUCUGGCUUGGUGGACGCUUCAUCACUACGACGACAGAUUGUGAAGCUGAACCGGCGCCUGCAGCUGCUGGAGGAGGAAAACAAAGAACGUUCCAAGCGAGAGGUGAUCCUGUACUCUGCUACGGUGGCAUUCUGGCUUAUUAACACCUGGAUCUGGUUCCGUCGCUAAGAUUUGACAAGCGUCUCCCAAAACACUGGAAGCCAAAGCAAGUCCUUGUUAAAGGUGCAACCAUUAAAAUACAAUACAAGUCUUUGCAGCCACAGAAGACAACAACAGCACUGGCAAAUGUCCACCACAGUGUUCUGAGACUCUAUAGCAAAUCCUACAGUGGGAUUAGACAUACAAUUUCAAACUAAGCACUGUAGAGAUAAAAGUUGAAGCAACUAAAUGUUGCUAAAUUUCACACUGGCUGGUAUUCACACCUUAAAAUCUGACCAUCAGCUUGCUUUUGUAGGGUACAACACCACUAGAAAUUUAGAGUAUCUCACAUUCAAAGAUUCAUCUGUGUGUUCCAUUCAACAACUAGCAAGACAAAGCACAAUGACUCUACAGGUGGAUGUUUGCAAAAUGUUUGCAACUGCUUUGAUGUGGCGAGCCAAGGUCUGUCAUGUUGCAGCAACAGCAAACAGAGGUUACCUUAUUUAGGUAAAACUAGCUACAAUAUAGGCUGCUGUCCAACAAAUAAAAUGUCAACUCUAAAUCAGCGUUUAAAGGUCCAGUGUGUAGGAUUUAGGGGGAUAUUUUGGCAGAAAUAUUAUAUAAUAAGUAUGUUUUCUGAAGUGUAUAGUCAGUUUGGGUUUUCAUUGUCAUAGAAUGACCCUUUUGGAUAACAUGAAACUGCUUUAGGGCAUCUGUCCACCUAGUGUUUGUCUUCAGCAGAGGGUAUGUUUUUAUGACAGCAAUAUCUUGAUACUAACAUUAGGUAGGUAGCUAACAUAAUGCUACAUUAACAGGAUUGACUACACAGUCAACAACGAGCAUACAAAGCAAAUGGUGAUAAAAGCACAACGCUCACCACCAGCAACAUCCAGAGUCCGCCAGCUGAUCUGCUCCCAAAAAACAAGCUUUUCUGUCUUACUUGUGACAGUAGGCAACAGCAGUCUAGCUAAAGAAACAGCAGUGAUGUCAUGUCACCCGCACCUUUUUGAAGAGGUGAGAGAUUUUCAACUAGAGGUGCUUGGAAUGGCUGCAAAAAAAAAAAAAGGCAUAGCGCUCUGAAAAAAGACACUGGGUGUGGACACAGCCCUUAUUCGGUGUUUUUACCGGUUUAAAUCACCUGGGGUCUCAUUUAUAAACAUGCAUGCGCACAGAGAGGCCUGAAACAAGUGUAUGCCACUUCCCACGCAAAAGUUCUGAUCUAUAGAAACAGAUUGAUGAGAGAAACUUUGACCCAUGCUUACAAACAUUUUGGAGAUGGGAAAUUGGCGAUGCAAAUGAUGAGGUGGAAGCCUUACAGUCGAAACUGUUGAAUACUGUUUGGCUUUUGUUUGUGCAUACAUUUUUAGUGUGGAUCCUAUGCACCGUUUUAUAAAUGAGAUCCCUGGUCCGUGUAUUUUGGAGAAGAGCAGGCCUCUGCGGAUAAUUUGGCUCCUGAUAAAAAUCUCCUGAAUGUCUGGAUCAGAAAAAAACAGUGUCAGCUAUAUCUUGAUUUGUAAUGUGAAA